CCAGCUCUCCUCGUCCUGUUCGUGAAGCUGCAUCUCCACUCACUCUCCCCUCCACUGACCUGCUGUUCUGCGGCGUGCAUGUGAAAAAGAAAGAGCAACCAAAAAAAACAACAACAACCAACUAAAAACUAAAGCAGCUGGAUAAAAGUUAUUUUCAUGGAAAGAAAGGCUCCAAGUACAGGACCAUGGGAUAUGGGCAAAUCCUCCACCGCCGUGACAACGAGGAGGACCAGGUCCACCUCAACGUCGGCGGAGUGCGGCAUAAGGUGGAUCCGGACAUGCUGCUCCGCUUCCCUCACACGCGCCUAGCUCGUCUCCUCUGCUGUCAGAGUGAGGCGGCGAUCCUGGAGCUGUGCGACGACUACAGCCCGGCCGAGGGGGAGUACUACUUCGACAGGAAUCCCAGGGUUUUCCUCUGCGUGCUCAACUUCUACCACACUGGACGUAUUCACAUGAUGGAGGAGCUGUGCGUUUUCUCCUUCACCCAGGAGAUUGAGUACUGGGGCAUCCAGGAGCGGCACCUGAGCCCGUGCUGUAGCAACUGGUACCACGAGAGGAAAGAGUACAUCGAGGACAGAGACUGGGACAUCAGGAGUGACGACCAGCAGCAGCCGAGCUUUGACUCGUCCAUGGAGGAGCUCUCUGCUCUUGAUAAAGAUCUCGCUAAGUUCAAAGGAGCCUGGUGUGCGGAACUGAGGAGCUACAUUUGGCUCAGGCUGGAGGAUCCAGGUCAUUCCAGAGCCGCAAAGGUAAUUGCCGUGGCCUCCCUCAGUGUGGUCUUGACCUCCAUUGUUGCCAUGUGCGUCCACAGCAUGCCUGAGUUUCAGCAGGUGGAUGAAAACGACAAGCCCAUCGAGGACCGCGUCAUCGCCGUCCUGGAGGAGAUCUGCAUCGCCUUCUUUUCCGCUGAGUUUGUCAUCAGGCUGAUUGUUGCACCCUCCCGCAGGAAGUUCCUCGGAAACCCGUUGAAUAUCAUCGACGCUGCUUCCAUUUUGCCAUUUUAUGCCACUUUAGCCCUGGAGACGGCCGACAAGGAGGCCGCCGAGGAGAACGAGGACUUAGAGAAUGUAGGGAAAGUGGUGCAGGUUCUGCGGCUCAUGAGAGUGCUCCGAAUUCUCAAACUGGCCCGUCACUCCAUCGGGUUGCGAGCACUGGGCGCCACCGUCCGCCACAGCUACAACGAGGUGGGCCUCCUCCUUCUCUUCCUCUCAGUCGGGAUCUCCAUCUUCUCCGCUCUUAUCUACUUUGCAGAGAAGGAUGAGCAGGACACAGAUUUGGGGACCAUCCCCUCGGGCUGGUGGUGGGCGACAAUCACCUUGACGACGGUUGGUUACGGUGACGCCUGCCCAGUGACAAUCGCAGGGAAGAUGGUGGCCACACUGAGCAUCAUCUGUGGCCUGUUAGUGGUGGCCCUGCCCAUCACUAUCAUUUUUAAUAAGUUUUCAAAAUACUAUCAGCGAAACAAAGCCAUGGAGGGACAAUGUAUCACCAAGCCUCAGAGACAGGACCCGGAGCUCCCUUAUUACAACAUCAGGGACUUGUUCACGGACGGUGUGAUCCCCUUCAUUGGGGGCAUCACCUUCAGGAUCAGUGAGAGCAGUGCAGGGGACGAAACAGACGCCUCCAGUCUCCAGGACAUUGAGUUGUACGAUAAUGACACUUCUGAAAAUGGGACGGAAAAAUGAGAUCCCCCAUGCCUCUCAGGGCAGAGCUCUCCAUCACUGACCCUGCCUUCUUACACUGUCUUCCUGCAGAGAAACAUUGUGGCCACGAUUUUCCUCUUCUUCUUCUUCUUCUAAUUCUUCUCCUCGUCUCUUUUUUUCUUGUAUUUUCCUUACAAGGGAAAUGCUCGGGACAUAUACAGCCUCGCUAAAAACAGAAAAACCUGAGGGGAGUUAUUUGAAAACUUAUUUGAAAGUCCAUUUUCUGCUUGAGGGAACUGCAGUGGUGCAUGUAGAGGGCCAUAAUGUGAAUGUUUUUAAAAAGGAAAUUUAAAAAAAUAAUGCGCUGUAUUGAUGUGACAGUUCAGGCCGAGAGAGAAAAAUCUCAAAUGACGACAAAAGCAGUUUGAUGUUUGAUGUUGUGGAUCUUUAAAUUGACUGACUUUGCAUGAGUUACGGCAAAUGCGUCUUUGACAGAGAAUGACAUCAGUAGUUGUGAAGAAUUAUGCAACGUCAUUUGACGCUGGCGAAGAGAGGCCACGUGCUGCCAAAGCCUGGAUUAUGCCAGGUUGUUGUAAAGAGCAAAACAUUUGUGAUAGUAGACAACCAUGUUGGCAUGCUGGGUGAUUCCUGGGGAGAAACUGAUGUGGACCUGAAAUAAACUCUGGAAAAAAAUGCGUCACAUAAUAUGAAGUUGUAUUACUCACGUAGACGUGGUUUUCAAAUCCAGGUUCUCAACAAGACAGUAGCAUGUAAACCGCUCCAAAUAAGCAAAAAUCUGAAUAAAACGUCGAGGAUUCCAAUAUUAAAGAGACAAUGUAGACAUGUUUAAGUCCUAAAGGACAACAGACAAAUCUUGUGUCCCUGAGCAGUACCUGCUUGGUCACUAUUGAGACAUUAUUAAGACACUGCAGUAGCAAGAUCAACAUUGAUGGUUUAAAAUCAAAACGACAAGUUAAAGGUCCAGAAAGGGAGGACUCAGGGAAACUACGGUGGCCUUCGCAGACCAGGAAAGAUGCUGUUCGUCUUUCUUUGCUUUGUGAGUUUCUGCGUCCGUUUGGUCACCUGUAGAAAAACAUUGCAGCACAAGACGGCAGCCUCUGUAAAGUACAUAUAAAGGGCUCAUGCGAUGAAAAACAAACAAUUGACAUGUUUAAAGCAUAUAUACACUUACAUUAACUUACUUUAGUAUGGUAGUUUUUUCAAAUUCAGACAAAAAAAGUUGUCUUUUUCAGCUUUAAUCGAUAGAUUAUAACAUCCCAGACUAUGCUUUGUUUGAAUGGAAACAGAGACAAAGGAAAAUGCAAUUAGCAACUUGUGUAAAUAUCACAAUCGAAAUAAUUCAGACUCCAUUCAAUAGUCUUGUCUUUGGUGAUGAAAUGCCAAUGUAUAGAAAGAAGAAAUUCAUUCUUCUUCUUCUCAGCAUUGAUUUCCUGCCUCGUGUGAUCAUGUGCGGUUGGACGAGCUGCCGUCUGUUGACCAGAAGCGUCCUUUCAUACAGUUACUCCAUCAAUUGCACCUGAAACCAUUUAUUUUCUGACCGUUUUUUUUUUUUUUUCGCUAUCUAGCGGCUGAAACUCAGUUAAGGACACGGACAUAAGUGAAGACUUGAGGGUUUCUUUUCUGUGCAGAUAUGCAGUUCUCACUUUACAGAUGGUUGUGUUAAGACUUGCCUGAAGAGAUAAGCCGAUUCUCUGUCUUUGUUAAUAGUAGUGAAGGAGUUUCGAUCACUGGGCGAAAGCUUCAGGUGUACGUUUUGUCGGAGAUCAGCUUAAUCUGCACUUUCUCUUUCUUUCUUUUUGUCAGGCACCAUUAAUCGUAGUUUCAAUACCAGAUCAGUGGUGAAGAGAAGCAUUGGUUUUCAGUAAGAGGUCCGCUUGGUAUUCUUCCGUGUUGACACUAUACACAAUUAAGUUCAGUUGCCUCGUAUGUGAAAAGUGACUCCGGCUUUUUCCUCUUUAAAGUGUUUACAAGCCAAAAAGUUUGUGAAUCGCUGCAGUAACAGAAUCAACCGAGGUAUUGAGGAGCAGAG